UACUCUCUCUUUCUAAACUUAGGUUACCAAAAAAAGUUAAGUUAAAAAAAGGGGUGAAACUCUCUUAAUCUCCCUUAUUUAAAUACAGAAAAUCAGAGAGGAGAUAAAGAUAGUACUACUUGUAGCCAGAGAGAGUGAGAAAGAGGGAGAGGAACAGAUUUUUUUCCUUUUAUUUUUUUCUUAUAAAGAUUAUUCAGCAGAUGAUGUUGAUGAUGAUGAAGAGGUCUCCUCAUAGUUCUGAUUCUUGUUCUUCAUCUUCUUCUUCCUCCUCUUCUAGUACAAAUUCAUCUGAAAUUAAACCUCUUACUUCUCUUAUUAGUACUACUAAUCAGUUAUUAGUACCAUUAUCUCCUCUUCCUCCUCCUCAUACUCUUCCAUCAAAACUAAAACCAGUCAAACCCAAGACCAAACGCACUAGAAGAACUUCUAAUCCUGAAAAGGCUAAGUUUGCUGCUUGCCCUGGCAGAAGAAGCUCCAUUUACAGAGGAGUUACCAGGCAUAGAUGGACAGGAAGAUAUGAAGCUCAUCUAUGGGAUAAGAACUCAUGGAAUCCUAUUCAGAACAAGAAAGGACGACAAGUUUAUUUGGGUGCAUAUGAUGAUGAAGAAGCUGCUGCUCAUACUUAUGAUCUUGCGGCUCUCAAAUACUGGGGCCCUGAUACUAUCCUCAAUUUCCCGUUCAUCACAUAUCAAAAGGAUUUCGAUGACAUGCAACUAGUGACCAAGGAAGAGUAUUUAGCUUCACUGCGUCGUCGCAGUAGUGGAUUUUCAAGGGGUGUAUCUAAAUAUCGUGGCGUCGCAAGGCACCACCACAAUGGGCGCUGGGAAGCAAGAAUUGGGCGUGUUUUGGGCAACAAAUAUCUCUACUUGGGAACAUAUAGUACACAAGAAGAAGCUGCAGCUGCUUAUGACAUUGCGGCAAUAGAGCAUAGAGGAAUGAAUGCAGUGACUAAUUUCGAUAUUAGUCAUUACAGUGGCCUAAUAAAAUGCACACAACCAUCACCAUCACCGUCUCCAUCUCCGCCACAACAACUGUGUCAACAAUAUCAACAGUCACCCUCUUGUUCAUAUUUUGCUGAAUCACAUGAAAUGACAUCUAGAAUCCUUACACCUGAAUUACCCCAAUCUGUCAAUGAUCACUCUCCGGUAAUGGUAGACCCGAUGGAGGAUAACGCAUGGAGUCUUUGCAUGGAUUCAGGAUUCAACCCACUACCAGUGCCCAACAUUGAUCUUGAAAAAUCAGGCGAGCUACCUGAUUUGUUUAAUGAUAGCGGGUUUGAAGAUAACAUUGAGUGUCUAUUUGAAGGGAUUAACGCUACUAAGGAGGAAUUCGGAAGUCUUGAAGAGAAAGAUAAUGCACUUAAUUUUGAUACUUUCUUUAACAGCUCAAUUGAUUUUGAUAGUGGAGAUUUAUUGGGAAGUCUAGGAGUGGAAGGAGAAGAGAAUCUGAACAGUAAUGGUACUUCAGCAAGGAAUGCAUCAGCAUCAGUUCCAUAUCCUUUUCCUAUCAGAAUUUGUUCUUAAAUUUUCGAAGAAAAUUAAGAUGGCAUCAUGAACAAAUACAUCCACAUUUUCUAUGUGUUUGUGUUUGUGUUUGGGAUUUUUAGCGUUGUGUUUAGGUCUGGUUUCAGAGAAUGGUGGUGUUCUGUAGGGGUUGUUUGAAAUUGAUGUCUCCAAUUUGCGUUUGUGGAUUGGGGGAAGUAGGUGUUUGUUUGGGUUGUUCAAAAGACUCGAAUGUUGCUGGGGUUGGAUGGAAAGUAGGAUUUUUUUUCCUGUUCUUUUUUCAUUCUGUUUUAGUUUUUCAUGAUGUCAAAUUAGGAUCAAUUUUUCUUUAAUGGAAAUAGAUUUUAUUUUAGUUUCAUUUUA